UGCGACCACACUGUUCUUAACACGUGCGGCAGGAAAGUGGAGAAAGAAACACAAAAACAUGGGCGGCAAAAAGAAAGUGCAUCCAAAAACGCGCACGGCGGCCUUUAAGGCCAGCGAGCCGAGUGAAAUUGUGGAGGCGCCGCACUCCUUUGUCAUCCACCGCGGCCUGACCUGUCCGUACAUCACGGAUCUCACCCUGGACUUCCGUCGCAUCAUGGAGCCCUUCACGGCCAGCAACCUGCGCGAGAAGCGGAUGAACCGCAUCAAGGACUUUGUCAGCCUGAGCAGCUUCUUCCACGUCUCGCACAUGGGCAUCUUUAACAAGGCCUCCACUCAGCUGUCCUUCAAAGUGAUUCGUCUGCCGCGCGGUCCCUCCCUGACUUUCAAGGUCCACCAAUUCACGCUGGCCAGAGAUGUGAUCUCGAUGAGCAAGAAGCAGAUGAUCGACAACGACCACUUCAAGCACGCUCCUUUGGUCAUCAUGAACAACUUCAGUGGCGAUGGCAAGCACCUGAAGCUGAUGGCCACAACGUUCCAAAACAUGUUCCCCUCUAUCAACCUGGCCCAGGUGAACAUAGGCACCAUCCGUCGCUGUGUCCUCUUCUCGUACAAUCCGGAAACGAAGCUGGUCGAGAUGCGACACUACUCCGUGCAGGUGGUGCCCGUGGGCUUGAAGCGAGCGGUCCAGAAGAUCGUCAAAGGCACAGUACCCAAUCUGGGCAAGUGCAACGAAGUGGUGGAUUUUGUGACAAAAGACGGCUAUGCCUCCGAAUCAGAGGCCGAGGAUGACGAGCAGUCGCAUGUGGUCCUGGCGCAAACGCUCAAAAGCAAGGGCAACCUGGAGGACAACAAGAGCUCCAUCAAGCUGCACGAGAUCGGACCGCGCCUAACCUUGCAGCUCAUCAAAAUAGAGGAGGGCCUUCUGACCGGCGAAGUUCUUUACCACGACCAUGUGGUCAAGACGGAGGACGAGAAAGAAACCACGCGCAAGCUGGUGGAAAAGAAGCGAAAGCAGAAGGAGCAACGUAAGAAGGAACAGGCUGAGAAUCGUGCUCGCAAUCUGAAACUUAAGAAAGACGAAAAGUGGGCUGCCAAGCGCGCGGCGGAGGGACGCAAUGACAGCGAUCCCGAGGACGAUGCGGAGUACUACAAAGAGGAAGUGGGCGAGGAUCCUGAUGAAGAACUCUUCAAAAUGGAAGAAAAGUCCUCUCGCAAGAGACCCAACCUGACCGGUGGCAUGAAAUACAAGAACAAGCGGGCUAAGCUGGAUCCCAAAGAAAAGAAGGAUAACAAGCUUGAACGCAGUGAUAAGUUUGACCGCAAGGAUAAGUUUGAGCGCAAGGACAAGUUUGACCGCAAGGACAGGAAUAACAAGUUCGACCAUAAAAACAGAAAGGACAAGUUUGACCCCAAGAACAGGAGGGCCAAGUUCGACCACAAAAAGAGUAGGAAAUCAAAGUAGUACAUUAAACAUAGGCUAUUUUAUAAACUGA